AAAAAAAAAAAAUCAAAGCUUCACUGAAAUUUAAGGCUCUGUCUCUCUCCGGAGUGCGAAUUUCGCAGUGGUAAAUCGCCGUCCUCCCGCCAUGGUUCCUCCGCUCCCUUCCCAGCGCUCUCCCUCCGCCUCUCCCUCCCAGCCCUCCGGCAAAAGUGAGGUCUCCGAUCUCCGUCUCCAGCUCCGCCAGCUCGCUGGAAGCCGCGCGCCUGGCGCCGAUGACUCAAAGCGUGAUCUUUUCAAGCGCGUGAUCUCCUACAUGACCGUCGGCAUCGAUGUCUCCUCCGCCUUCAGCGAGAUGGUCAUGUGCUCCGCUACUUCCGACAUCGUUCUGAAGAAGAUGUGCUACCUCUAUGUUGGCAACUAUGCGCGCUCUAACCCCGAUCUUGCACUCCUCACCAUCAAUUUCCUUCAGAAGGACUGCCGAGAUGAGGAUCCAAUGAUCCGUGGUCUCGCCUUGCGGUCCCUUUGCUCUCUGAGGGUUGCUAAUCUUGUUGAGUACCUUGUUGGACCGCUUGGAUCGGGGUUGAAAGAUGGGAGCGCUUAUGUGAGGAUGGUGUCCGCUGUCGGGGUGCUCAAGUUGUACCAUAUCUCGCCAGCGACGUGCUUGGAUGCGGAUUUUCCGGCAUUGCUCAAGAGCCUUAUGCUCAGUGAUCCAGAUCCCCAGGUGGUUGCCAAUUGCCUUUCCUCAUUGCAAGAGAUAUGGAACUUGGAAACUUCCGAGGAAGCAUCCAGGGAGAGAGAAGCUUUGCUUAGCAAACAAGUGGUUUAUUAUCUCUUGAAUAGGAUAAAGGAAUUCAGUGAAUGGGCGCAAUGUCUUGUACUUGAUCUAGUAUCAAAAUAUAUUCCUACAGACAGCAAUGACAUUUUUGAUAUAAUGAAUCUUCUGGAGGAUCGACUUCAACAUGUAAAUUCUGCUGUUGUUUUAGCUACAAUUAAGCUGUUCUUGCAUAUGACAAUGUCGAUGACAGAUGUUCAUCAACAGGUUUAUGAACGCAUCAAAGCACCUUUACUUACUCUUGUGAGCACUAGCAGUCCUGAACAAUCUUAUGCUGUUUUGAGCCAUCUGCAUCUGUUGGUGAUGCGGGCUCCAAUGCUGUUCUCUUCAGACUACAAACAUUUCUAUUGUCAGUAUAGCCAACCAUCAUAUGUGAAAAAGCUGAAACUUGAGAUGUUGACUGCCAUUGCCAAUGAAAGCAAUACCUAUGAAAUUGUGACGGAAUUAUGUGAAUAUGCUGCAAAUGUUGAUGUCCCUAUUGCAAGGGAGUCAAUUAGGGCAGUUGGGAAAAUAGCCUUACAGCAAUAUGAUGUGAAUGCAAUUGUGGACCGGCUCCUUCAGUUUCUGGAGAUGGAUAAGGAUUAUGUAACUGCUGAGACAUUGGUUCUAGUUAAGGAUCUUUUGAGGAAAUAUCCUCAAUGGAGUCAUGAUUGUAUUGCGGUUGUUGGAAAUAUCAGCAGUAAGAAUGUUCAAGAACCGAAGGCAAAAUCAGCCCUUAUAUGGAUGUUGGGGGAGUACUCGCAGGACAUGCUUGAUGCUCCUUAUAUUUUGGAAAGUCUUAUCGAAAACUGGAAUGAGGAACAUUCUGCAGAGGUUCGCUUGCAUCUUCUUACUGCUGCAAUGAAAUGCUUCUUUAAAAGGCCUCCUGAAACACAGAAGGCCUUAGGGGCUGCUUUAGUUGCUGGUCUGGCUGACUCUCACCAGGAUGUUCAUGACCGAGCCCUGUUCUACUACAGACUUCUGCAGCAUGAUGUGUCAGUGGCAGAACGUGUAGUAAACCCUCCUAAGCAAGCUGUAUCAGUCUUUGCUGACACUCAGAGCAAUGAAAUUAAAGAUCGCAUAUUUGAUGAGUUUAACAGUUUAUCAGUUGUUUACCAGAAGCCCUCUUAUCUGUUCAUUGAUAAGGAGCAUCGUGGACCAUUUGAGUUCUCUGAAGAUAUUGGGGAUAUAUCUCUUGGAGCAGAUUCUGGAGAUAAUGUAAUUCCUGCUCAAAGAUAUGAUGCCAAUGACAAUGAUCUUCUCCUGAGUACCGCUGAGAAGGAAGAGAGUAGAGGGCUAACACAUAAUGGUUCUUCCUAUGGUGGUCUUGAAUAUGAUGCCUCCUUAGUGUCUGUUGCCAGUUCGGCGACUCCAAGCCCUGCUCAGGCUGCCACCUCAUUGCAGUCUGCCUUAGCUAUUGAUGACCUUCUUGGGCUUGGUGUGCCAGUUGAACCUGAACCACCUCAGCCGCCCUCUUUAAAGCUGAAUCCAAAACCAGUCUUGGAUCCAAGUAAUUUCCAAAAGAAAUGGGGUCAACUGCAAAUAUCCUCAUCUCAGGAAUGCUCUUUAACCCCUAAAGGAGCGGCUGCAUUAACAACACCCCAGGCCCUUCUUCGGCACAUGCAAGGCCACUCCAUCCAGUGCAUUGCCUCUGGUGGUCAAGCUCCAAAUUUCAAGUUCUUUUUCUUUGCUCAAAGAGCAGAUGAACCGUCAUCCUUCUUCCUUGUGGAAUGUCUCAUCAACGCAUCAUCUGCGAAGGCGCAAUUAAAGAUAAAGGCUGAUGAUUCAAGUGUUUCCGAAGCUUUCUCAGCAUUGUUUCAGUCGGCGUUGUCCAAGCUCAGUGUAGCUUAGCUGUUUGUGCCAUUUUGUAUGCUACUCAACAUGGGGUUAAUUCCAGUAUAUGAUCUUUGGUUGAAUCUGGUGAUGGUUUAACUUGCCAGGUAUUUAUAGGCUUGGCAAAUUUUGGCUGCUGCCAGUGCAUUAUGGAACACACAGGAAGGUUUAUUAAUUGUUUUGUACUGAACACUGAAGAAUAAUUGCGUGUAGUUUGUUUUGUAUUAAACUUAAUGAAUUGAGCGGAGAAGAGGAAAAAGAAAUAAAAAUAGAAUUGCUUUCCCUUUGUA